CACCGGAGCGUGCGCGCAACAUCUGCAACCAAGUAACGCAUCACCUUCCCCUUGCCACCUGUUUAAACCUGCUUUUCGGGCGCUUUUAGCAGGCCUUUAGAUCGGGUGCCAUGGCCGAUGCCGCGAUAUCUUUUGCAAAAGACUUUUUAGCCGGUGGAGUUGCAGCUGCCAUUUCUAAAACCGCCGUUGCGCCAAUCGAAAGAGUGAAACUGCUGCUGCAGGUCCAGCAUGCUAGCAAGCAAAUCAGUGCGGACAAACACUACAAAGGAAUUAUCGACUGUGUUGUGAGGAUCCCGAAAGAGCAAGGCUUCGCCUCCUUCUGGCGUGGCAACCUGGCCAACGUCAUUCGCUAUUUCCCCACGCAGGCUCUCAACUUCGCCUUUAAGGACAAGUACAAGAAGAUAUUCUUGGGCGAUAUAGACAAACAUACACAAUUUUGGCGUUACUUUGCUGGGAACUUGGCAUCAGGGGGCGCUGCAGGAGCCACUUCCCUGUGUUUUGUGUAUCCCCUCGACUUCGCACGUACUCGCCUGGCUGCUGAUGUCGGCAAAGCUUCCUCAUCCCGGGAGUUUACGGGACUCGGGGACUGCCUGACCAAGAUCUUCAGGUCUGACGGAGUGCGUGGGCUGUAUCAGGGCUUCAACGUGUCUGUGCAGGGCAUCAUCAUCUACAGAGCGGCCUACUUUGGGAUCUACGACACAGCCAAAGGCAUGCUUCCUGACCCUAAGAACACCCACAUCGUAGUCAGCUGGAUGAUUGCACAGUCAGUCACGGCAGUGGCUGGCGUGGUCUCUUACCCCUUCGACACGGUGAGGCGUCGCAUGAUGAUGCAGUCUGGACGCAAAGGAGCGGAUAUUAUGUACACUGGGACCCUGGACUGCUGGAAGAAGAUAGCACGUGAUGAAGGUGGCAAAGCGUUCUUCAAAGGGGCUUGGUCUAAUGUUCUCAGAGGCAUGGGAGGUGCAUUUGUGCUUGUGCUGUAUGACGAAUUCAAGAAAUUUGUUUAAUUGCACAAAUCAACUUUAAUUGCACAAACCAACAAUAAAAGAAUUGUAGAAUAGAUGUUAUUGCUGAGGUUUGUCAAGCUUUACCCAAAUUCUGUUCAAUGUAUAGAUGAGCUCUUGGUUAUCUAAAAGUAUAGAUAUUACCAUGGAUACCUAUAUAAUUUACCCUAGGUAGUAUUCUCCCAUCUACAGUAAAACAGGUGGGGAUGUUUUGGUCUUCUUGUGUGCAUACACAACACAUCAUAACACAAAGCAAAUCUAUGAUCAUGUAAUACAUUUGGACAGUGUUUGCCCAUGUUUCUGGCUCUGAUGUAGUAGCUGACAUAUACCAAUUGUGUCUAUCAAUCAGUAAAGUAAAGUCAUAAUAUAAGGGAACUCAAAACAAGUGGGGGCGGGAAAUCCAUUUUAUGCAAUAGCAUUAUGCCUCCUGAAGAUGGCGCAAUUUAACUUCUUUUUGUUUAGCGUGCGUAGUACGACGCCAUAUUCCAGGUCGUAUUUUCUUCCUCUACAAUUUAAGCAAGGUCUCUCAUAAAGAGUUUAUAAUGUAUCAUUUUCAAAACAAAAAUGUGGAGUGGAGUGGACCUCCAGUGCAGCAGAACGAAAUACAGGUGGUGUUUUUGCUUCUCUGCAUUCUGAAGUUGGAUGUACUUGCUCUUUGAGGGCUAGUGUGUUAUUGAAUAAGAAAUGUGUUCAGUAUGAUGCUUUAAUUCCCAUCGAUUUCUGUGUGUUGGAGGAGAGAUUAGACACAGUGAACAACUCCAGCACUGAGACCUCAGAUCCAGAGAAAUGACCUUCACACUCAGAGACUGUAGCCCCACUUUUCAUUAUCCUCUUGUGGAGCGCCAGUGACGUAUUUUCCUUCUCAAGUAAUGAGCGGAGUCAUAUUUUCAUGGUGAUUUUCUUGUCACUUUGACUCCUUAGUUAUGUCCGGUUGAUCCUGAUGAAGUAGACCACUUUAGCAGGGAGUAUGAGGCCAUUGCAGUGAAGUCCGACAAGCGUGUGAAAUGUACAGUAUUCAGAUGGCAUGCAACAUAUUUGCAGAGAUGUGGUUAUUCUUGACUGAACAGGAGAAAUGCGUGUAAACUUAAUAAAAGUGAAUACCUCA